UGGUUUUUGGUGAUAACAGUUGUAAAAUGUCUUAAAUGUAGUAUAAAUACUAGUACCUCUGCCCACUUUGUACGUUACAAUUAAUGCAAGUAUGGCUCCAAGUGUGUGGUCACUUCUAAUAUUUUUCCAACUGACUUUGGUUCGUGGAGAUAACUGGAACUGUGCUGAUUACUACUGGAGGGAUUAUUUCGGUACCAUUCCUCACGAUGCUGUCCCAGCUGGAAAAGACCUCCAGGGUGACAAUCGAUACGUGGGUUUAGUAUACAAUCGUGGUUAUGAGCUUCUGCCAGCAAACGUUGUGCCUAAGUUGGGGGUGGCACAAACGACGGCGUACUCUUACGUCUUAACUAGUACUGCACAUUUGAAAAUACUGUGUGGUCCUCACAAAAGAGCUUUUGUGUGGAUUCGUAUUGACAAUCCUAACAAUUUUCAUGGUGCUAAUUAUCCUAAUCUUAUUCCUGGAGGUACUGAAGUAGGACAGAAAAUAUACAUUACAAGGGUUAAUUAUAAUGGGGAAGUUAUAGUAGGCAAAAUGCGUGAAGGUGGUAACCAGGUAGGAUCGGCCUUUCCUGCAGGAAAUACUAUUAAGUUUAAGUACCCUUUUGAAGUUUUGUCGUAUGAUUGUAGUAAACAAGAUGUUGUUCCUUCUUUUGAUAUUAGGACAGCAAUUACUUCAGAUUAACAAUAAAAAACAUAAAAUGAAUGUUUAUUUAAACAUUAUUCAUGUAUUGUUGAAAUAUAUGAAGUGUACAUA